AGCUUUAGCUUUGAAUUGUAAUGUACCCAUAAACAAGAAUGGAGCUGAGGCAAAGGAUUGGCAAAAGGGGAAACCUGUACGCGUUAUUCGGAACUGCAAAGGGAGAAAGCAUUCAGAAUAUGCUCCAGAAGAAGGAAAUAGGUAUGAUGGUAUUUAUAAAGUUGUAAAGUACUGGCAAGCAAAAGGGAAAAGUGGAUUCAAAGUGUGGCGGUACCUCUUACGAAGGGAUGACCCUAUCCCUGCCCCAUGGACUAAGGAAGGGAAAAAGAGAAUACAGGAACUAGGCCUAGAGAUGGAGUAUCCAGAGGGUUACCUUGAAGCUCAAAAGGAGAAAGAGGAAUCUGCAAAGAAGGAAAGAGAUGCAAGUACAUCUGGAAGUGAUGAUGAAGGAAAACAGAAGAAAAAGAACUCGAAGAGAAAGAAGAGCAUAGAGACUGAGGCAGAGAAAUCUGAAAAUACACCUUCAAAGGCAAAGAAAAGAAAAACUGCAGGAUUUUCUUUGGAAAAGGAAAUUGAAAAACUGAUUGCAGAAGAUGAAAGCAACCGUAAACUUUGGGAAGAGAGUAAACAGCUCUUAGAAGAGGGACGAUCAAACUUUUUGAAUGCAGUGGAGGAAAGAUUCUUGUGUAUCUGCUGUCAAGAACUUGUGGUGAAACCAGUUACUACAGAGUGUAAACACAAUGUUUGUCAGGCAUGCUUGCAGAGAUCUUUCAAAGCUGAAGUCUUUUCAUGUCCAGCAUGUAGAUACGAUUUAGGUAAAGGGUAUGCAAUGAAAAUUAAUAAGCCAUUAAGUGAGUGCCUAAUAAAACUCUUUCCAGGCUAUGAUGUUGCGCGUUAAUGUUAAUUUAAAAACUAAAGAAUUCCUUCAUUUGUCACUGACAUUUUUGACUAUUUUUGCACUCAAGAAUUGUCUUAUUUAAAGUAAAUCUCUAGUUACUAUUUAAUGACAUUGAGUUCUUCCUGUCAUUUAGUCAGUUAUUAUUGGAUUCUAAAGAAUUUUUAUGUAAUCCAUUAUUUUUAUGUAUUUUCCAAAGUAUAUCCAUUUGCAUUGUAAAAUCAUUUAUUUCUUACAUAACUUAUAAGAAAGUAGUUUUUUUGUUCAUGGUUUACCGUGGUAUGUUUCAGAUGUUUGUAUUGAAAAAGUACUAAUGUCUUUGUAUUCACCAUCAAGUUCUUUCAGCAUUCCCAGACAUAUUUUAAAACACAUUGAAAGUAGAGAAAGUUCUGCUACAUGGGAUGGGAUGCUGAUAUACAUCUUCAUGUUGAUAAGCUUUUUUAUAUUCUUCCAAAAAGUUUUUACUUUAUUGUACUUGUUUUAUAUACAGUAUGUUAUUUUUUUAAAGUUGGAAAUGUAGUAUCAGACAUUCAAAGUCCUCCAGAUUAUGUUUACUAGUAGCUGUAAAAUUUGUUACACAUGUACACAUGUUCACACAUAUAUACAACUGCAUACACAUUUUUAAAUUAUUAGUUUUAUUAUUUCCUUCCUAACAUUAUUUUACAGUUUUUAUGCCAUCAUCCAUAGUUCAUGAAGUAUCAAAUGUAAAUAGACAUAGAUAAAUGAUGUUCUGUAAUUGAUGAUUAAUAAAAGAAUUUAGAAAGUCA